CUUUGCCACCCUCAUAGUCAUCAACGACAUAUUAAGACGACACAAAUCAUAUUCUCAAGCAACUCAAAAAAAAAAAAAAAUGGCUUCUAUGAUUUUCUCUGACUGUUCAUCCUCCGCGACUGCUCGUCUUCUCCCACUCCGCUGCCACAAACUCCACCGUAGCUGCAGCGUUCUCUCUUUCUGUCGUCGGGUUUCUUUACCUCUUACCUCCACAAGGCCUUUAUUACCUUCUCUCUCCUCCCUUCAAGCUCAUGUUUCCUCAACUUUUGUUUCAGUUUCUGUUACAGCUAAAAUGGCAACCGAGAGUUCUGCAAUAGUGAUUGAUGGUAAGUCGGUGGCGAAGCAAAUUAGGGAAGAGAUAGCUGUUGAAAUAGCGAGAAUGAGAGAAGCUACCGGUAUUGUUCCGGGGUUGGCUGUGAUCCUUGUUGGGGAUAGAAAGGAUUCUGCAACGUAUGUUCGUAAUAAGAAGAAAGCUUGUGAUGGAGUGGGGAUUAAUUCUUUCGAAGUAAAUUUGCCAGGAGAUACAACAGAACAGGAAGUGCUCAACUCUAUAACCAAGUUCAAUGAAGAUCCUUCAGUUCAUGGAAUACUUGUUCAGUUACCUCUUCCUAAGCAUAUGAAUGAGGAGAAAAUUCUGAAUGCUGUUGGAAUAGAAAAGGAUGUUGAUGGAUUUCACCCUUUGAAUAUUGGCCGUCUUGCAAUGCGGGGUAGAGAACCCUUGUUUGUCCCAUGUACACCUAAAGGCUGCAUAGAGCUAUUGCAUAGAUAUGGAAUUCAAAUAAAAGGGAAAAAGGCAGUUGUGAUUGGCCGUAGUAAUAUAGUUGGGAUGCCUGCUGCUCUUUUGCUGCAAAGGGAAGAUGCUACUGUUACUAUAGUUCAUUCUAGAACAAACAAUCCCGAGGAUAUCAUAAGAGACGCAGAUAUUAUAAUUUCUGCUGUAGGACAAGCAAACAUGGUUAGGGGUAGCUGGAUUAAGCCUGGUGCUGUUAUUAUCGAUGUUGGGAUCAAUCCAGUUGAGGAUCCAGAAAGUCCUCGAGGAUAUCGGUUAGUUGGAGAUGUUUGCUAUGAAGAGGUUGUCAAGGUUGCUUCUGCUGUUACCCCUGUGCCUGGAGGCGUUGGUCCAAUGACCAUUGCAAUGCUUCUUUCAAAUACUCUCAGUUCAGCAAAAAGGAUGCACAAUUUCAACUGAUAAUGCAGUUGAUAGUUUCAGAUUAGGAAGGUAGAAAACAAUUUACAUGGUAGUGUGGCACACUCAUUAGACCAUGAGUUUGCUACAACUUAUUUUUGUUUCCCUCCAAAUUUGUGGGGGGAAAGGCACAACAACAAAUUUCGAAUAUAAAGAACAAUAUUGUACGGAGUAGAUUAUUUGGGGCCUACCUUAUUGCUCCCGGGUGUCGGAAUCGCCUGUUGUGUUCUUAUUGGCAUUUGCACUUGUGAUAUAAGGGGGGCUGAGUGACAUUUGCCUGAUACAAGCCCUGUUUGUUGUAAAAGAGAAGAUGAUUUUACUCAGAAGUCUCUGUAUGAAAAUUAUUGGAUGUUUAAUGUUUUGGCCUAAGACAAGUUUCUUCUGGUAUGUGUAUGA